GCGAAGGCGCCUGGGCCAACGCGUGCUGCUGCCCUAAAGGCACUCCAGGAGUGGGCGGAGACGCUGGGCGUGGAGGCGGGGAUUGACUCAGAGGCGUUCCUCGCGCAGCUCGGCCGCGCCAUCGCCGAGCUGCGCGCCGCCUCCGCGCCGCUCAAGAAGCAAAUCGCAGCGCUGCAGGAUGAACUCGAUGGCGCCACGUCCACGCUGAGCACAUGUAGCGAGCAGGUGGCCCAGAUCCUUGCAACGCUGCGACGCGUUCACUUAACGGAGGAAACAACAACAACAACGGCAGAAGCGUCGCCUGGUUCUGCGUUGCAAGCCACCAUCGCAGCGUUGCGUUCUGAGAGCGAGUGGUCGGCAGAGAAGAUUCUCAGCCACGCAGAGCUGACGCGCAGGAUGCUGGGGGUGUUUGAGCCGGUGUGCAGUGGCCGUGGUGUAUUGGAGGCGUGUGUGCGGACUGUUGAGGAGCUUCAGGAGCGUCGCUCCACGGAGUCUGCAAUGCGGGCAGAGUUAGCAGCGGAGCGCGAGCAACUGGAGAUGUGCCGCAGAUGCAUUGAGGAAAGCCUACGUGCAAUGCCGAAAUCACUUCUGCAGACGGAUGGUGACGAGCUUCCGCAGCGGUGCGCGGCGGCGGCGGCACGGUUGCGGCAGCUGACUGGCGUUCUGAGUAGUGUGCAGGAGCGCAUCGCUCUAGAGGGGCUCGACACGCACGCCAACGAUGUUGUCGGGAACCUCGACGACAUCCUCCGCACGCGGCAGCGGCAGAACGAGCAGGUAAAGGUGCUCGAGGCGAGCUCUGAGCGCGGCAAGGCACGGCUGCAGCAGCUGGAGCAGCAGCUCCAAGCGGCUGACACACGGGCAGAGGCCGCCGUUGCCUCACACGAGGAGGCCACGCGCGAGGCGCAGCAGCGCGCACGCGAGCAGCAGGCCGCGCUG